CCUUUAGUUGUCAAUGGCCCAAAAUUAUUAUAUAUUCAACUUGUGUUUGUAUCUCAAUGUAGCACAUGUCAGAGAGAGAAGCCUUAUCUUAAUUCUUUAUAUUAUUUAGGUAACUUUCUUGGUGAACCUCAGGGUUCCAAGAUACCCAAAAACAAAUUUCCUCCACUCAAUGCAUACCCCUAUCUACUAAGCAAAAGCCAAGGAAUCUCCUCUUCUCUUUUCCUUAACCUCCAUCCAUUUUUAUAACACUUGUAAACUAGUUGCUCUCAUCUCUCUCUCUCUCCCUCUCUUAAGUUGGCAUUAUUUUUCCUUGAAAAUGGCACAAAUCUUGGCUCCUUCAGCACAAUGGCAGAUGAGAACUGCAAAGAACUCAAGCGAUGUUACUCCAUUGACUUCAAAAAUGUGGAGCUCUCUUGUUCUGAAACAGAACAAGAAAGCUUCCAUCAAAACCUCUGCUAAAUUCAGAGUGUUUGCUUCUAGCUCCGACAGCGGCACCAUUAACCGCAUGGAGCAGUUGCUCAACUUGGAUGUGACUCCAUACACUGAUAAGAUCAUUGCUGAAUACAUUUGGAUUGGAGGGUCAGGAAUCGAUGUUCGUAGCAAAUCAAGGACCUUAUCGAAGCCCGUUGAGCAUCCAUCCGAGCUUCCUAAAUGGAACUACGAUGGAUCGAGUACAGGACAGGCCCCUGGAGAGGAUAGUGAAGUUAUUCUAUACCCUCAAGCCAUUUUCAAGGACCCUUUUCGCGGUGGCAACAACAUCUUGGUCAUAUGUGAUACAUACACGCCCGCAGGCGAGCCCAUUCCUACAAACAAGCGUGCCAAAGCUGCUCAGGUCUUCAGUGACCCCAAGGUUGUAGCUGAGGUUCCGUGGUUUGGAAUUGAGCAAGAAUACACCUUACUCCAAACCAAUGUGAAAUGGCCUCUUGGAUGGCCUGUUGGAGGCUACCCUGGUCCUCAGGGGCCUUAUUACUGCGCCGCUGGAGCAGAUAAGUCGUUUGGACGCGACAUAUCCGAUGCUCACUACAAAGCUUGCUUGUAUGCUGGGAUCAAUAUCAGUGGUACUAAUGGGGAGGUUAUGCCAGGCCAGUGGGAGUUUCAAGUUGGUCCAAGUGUCGGAAUUGAAGCCGGAGAUCACAUCUGGUGCGCGAGGUACCUGCUUGAGAGAAUCACAGAGCAAGCUGGAGUUGUGCUGACUUUAGAUCCAAAACCAAUAGAUGGUGACUGGAAUGGUGCAGGAUGUCACACCAAUUAUAGCACCCUGAGCAUGAGAGAAGAAGGCGGUUUUGAAGUGAUCAAGAAGGCGAUUUUGAACCUCUCCCUUCGUCACAAGGAUCACAUCAGUGCAUACGGAGAAGGGAACGAGAGACGGUUGACAGGAAAGCACGAAACUGCCAGCAUCGACUCCUUCUCAUGGGGUGUUGCUAACCGCGGCUGCUCUAUUCGUGUGGGGCGUGACACUGAGAAGAAUGGCAAAGGUUACUUGGAAGACAGGCGCCCGGCUUCAAACAUGGAUCCGUACGUGGUGACUGCGUUGCUCGCUGAGACUACGCUGCUGUGGGAGCCGACUCUUGAGGCGGAGGCUCUUGCAGCGCAGAAGUUGUCGUUGAAGGUGUGAACCGUGCGACGGCCCAACAGCGAGGGAAGUUGGUGAGACAUGAGAUGAGAUUGGGAUGCAAAAAUCUUGCUGUGUUUUUCUGUUUAGAUCCCUUUAGAGAGGUCCUUGUAAAUAAGGGACUGAAAAUGAGUUGUGGUGUAUGCCUAAGCUCAAAGAGUUCCUAGCAUUCUUGAAUGUUGUUGCCCAGUUUCAGACUAUUCUGCUUUCAUUAUUGCCAUUUUCUUGCCAUGGAAAUGAAAUUCAGACAUUGCUUUGCU